AUGUUUAACGCACCAUUUGCCCUCUCAUUAGCCCUUCUGCUCUCCUUCCCAUUGCUUUUCCUCUUUGCCCCUCACAUCCUCCCUCCCAAACACGCCCGCAUCUCCCUCCCCGACGAGCUCGACGACAUCGCCCUCUUCCGCCGCGCCACACUGGCCUCCCUCGACGGCGGCGGCAAGACCCAGCGCGCCUCCCCUACCCUCAUCUCCGCCGCCCGCCGCCUCCUGGCCACCGCCCUCCUCGACGACCCCUCCAAUUCCUAUUUCGCCCUCGUCUCCCAGUACUGCAUCCCUCUACAUUCCUUCACGUACAUGUACGGUACUCUCUUCCCCAAAUCCUCGUCAACCUUGUUCCCCAGCUUCAUCGAGAUCUCGUCCGAUCAGCCCGUGCUUUGGGACAGGUACAUCGCCAGGGGCGAAAACGUGAUGCUGCCCGAGGUGCCUUUCGACCGGUUCCGUGCCGGGUCGCAGUUCUUCGUUCUGGCCCGGCAGCAUGCGCUGGUUGUUGUGAGGGACAGGAGAUUGUGGCGAAAGUUCAGGCUGCCGUGCUUGAAUCAGGAUUCGUGCUACCCGGAGGAGCAUUAUUUUCCUACGCUGCUGUCAAUGGAAGAUCCAGAUGGAUGCACUCAUUACACGCUGACCAGGGUUAAUUGGACGGGUAGUGUUGGUGGGCACCCGCAUAUGUACAGGCCAGAAGAGCUUUCGCCCAGUCUUAUCUAUGAGCUGCGCUUGUCGAAUUCGAGCUAUUCGUUUAUGUUUGCGAGGAAGUUCUCGCCUGAUUGCUUGCAACCGUUGCUGGAUAUCGCGGGGAAAGUCAUUUUUCAGGAUUGA